CACGACUUUCGUCUUCUCCCAUCCACCCAUGCUAUCUCCCCCGUUCCCAGACGAUGUCCCGACCCAUCCUCUCCUCAUCCUCGACUACCAACUCCUCAAGCAGGGCGACGAAACCGAGAAAGAGAGGCUCUGGGAAGCCGCUCGAAAGCUCGGUUUUUGGUACCUGAAAAACCACGGCGCCGAAGAUGAAGCCAGCCGUAUGUUCGAAAUGGGAGAGGGGACGAUGAGACUGCCUCUGGAGGAAAAGAUGAAAUAUGAACAGGGCGACGACGGGAGAUCCUUCGGAUACAAAGCCGCGGGAAGUAAUGCUGUAGACGCAUCAGGGAAGCACGACACCAUCGAAUUCAUCAACGUCUCCAAAGACGAUGCGCUUGCCUACCCCAAUAUCAUCCACCGCACCUACCCGUCAACCGUAAACACGAGGAUGGAAUCUACUAUCACCCCAUUCGUCGCCAAGUCUGUCGAAGUGAACGAUACGAUCCUGGAUAUCUUCAACGACAAGCUCGGGCUACCGAAAGGGACGCUGAUGCGGCUUCACAAUAAGGAAGAGCACAGCGGAAGCGAAGCGCGGAUUACCAAGAACGCACCGGGUCACGCUUCGGACCGGAUAGCGAUAGGUGCUCACACGGACUUUGGCUCACUCAGCUUUCUGCAUAACAGACUCGGAGGUCUGCAGGUCAUGCCGCCAGGGUAUACCGAGUGGCAAUAUGUGAAGCCAAUCUCGAGACAUGCGAUCUGUAACGUUGGCGACGCGCUAUCGUUAUUCAGUGGAGGUAUCCUGCGUUCGAAUUUACAUCGAGUAAUUCCUCCUCCAGGUCCUCAGUCCCAUCUUGAGAGAUGGUCUCUCGUCUUCUUCACCAGACCAGGAAACUCAAUCGUCCUUCGUGCGUUAGUGGAAGACAGCCCUCUCAUUGCCGAGGCAGUACGCGAUACUCCGGAGAAAAACUUUGAGUCCGGAUCGACGGCGAAGGAGUGGUUUGCACGACGAGUCAAGUAUCAGCGAGUGAAUAACAGAGUGGGUCCCGAAACGUGGAAGGCGAGUAGGGGAACAGAGAAUGAAUGAUGGCAUCGCAGUUAUCUUUCUUCAUGAACCUAUGUAUUCAGUCGAACGUUAUGUUUUAUCAAAACGCUGUGCCAUGUAGUACUGUAUCGCCAAGAGUGUCAUUAGUGCGUUUUCGUAUGAGCCAAAUCGGCUCUGCGCGCCAAUGUCAUCUGAGCCUCCG